GGCCGAGUAAGCCCACUGUCCCUCUCGACCGUCCUCUGGAUGUUGAUGAGCCCUGUGGCAAGUGAGCACGGGCAGGCAGAGCGCGCACAGUGCACACGAGAACCUGCUGAAGGCCGUUGGACUCGUGCGUUGUAAAUUAUGUACAUAAGUUACCGGUAAUAUUUGGGAUCGCAUGAAUGGCCGGCCGCACUCCUCGGAGACGUCUAACCGAGUAGCGUGCGGGAAUAUCUGAGAACCAACGGCGAACAUCGUCUGAAUUGGACCGCGUACACCAAGUGCUCUGUGCCUGUCGCUCACACAGACCGAGCCUCGACGACUCCGGCGGGGAUUUUCAGCCGAUAACACCACGAUCAGCGCAAGAAACGUAAAGAGAAAGGCAAAUCGGUUCUUUUUUUCUAAAAAUUCAUUUUGUAAAUGUAUUUUUUCAGUUGGUGUAAAAUAAUUUUGUAGCCAGAAAGCCCCCUUGUAAAUCGUGUUUGAUAGCGUUUGUAAAAAGCUAAAGGAAUAAUAAAGAAUCCAGUUAACAGUGAGUUAGCGAGCUCAUUCGGCUGAUCGGGCUAUUUUUUAAAUACACCUUUCCCUGGACCGACGAGCUACGAUGUCUCAUAUGGGUAAGUGCUGUUUGUUGUUUGUAGAAUAUAAUAAUUUCACUACUUUAGUUUGAAGCAGACAGUAUCAUCAUUUGGUCAAUGUAUGUUAUCUCUGACUUGAUGGCUCAUUAGAUAUUAAUGGUCUCAUACGGUUGCCUUCAAAAAUAUGUGAUGCUGUGUAAAAACACCAGAGUCAAGUGCAGAGCUGCGGGCAGUGAAGCUGUCAGGCCCUAAGACACCAACUGUUCAGACCAUCAUUUGAAUGAUUUGCCUGCGCUCGGGGCACUAAAGGCCAGUCGGUUUGGGAGUAUCUGAUUUGUGGUGGUGUCAGUCACAGGGCUCUCGCCUUGUACUGUGACUGUACUCUUGUGUCUUUGACCGUUUGCAUGGCGUUUCCAAAGUCAGCUGAGCGACCAGCGAGCCAAUGGCUGCACUCCAUGCUGCGUGCACAUCCAGGCAUCUCUGUGUCUUUGCCUAUAUGCUGUAUCCUAUAAAUAACAUACAUCGUUUCAACUUAGAUGCAGAGCCAGUGGCUACAAGUCACAUAAUGGUUAAUUUCCAAAGUAAUUUCCUCCAUAUAUGAUGGGAAAUUAAAAGUAUCCCACAAAUCAGUCAAAAUGACAGCUGCAUCCUCAUGCAUAUUGUACAUCAAUUAUGCAUAAACAAGCACAGCCCUUCCAUGCUUGUAUUAAUAUUGCAUCAAUAAAUAUUUAAACAAAAAACAUCCAGUAGUGCUAAUAGAAGCAAUAGGAGUGUACUUAAAACAUUAGGGAGAAUGCUUUCUUUCCUAAAAGUGGCUGACAGCCACUGAUCUACUAAUACCAACACUGUGCUGAUCUGUGAGUGCCUCAUCAUCAGUAAAAGUUCAGAGAGCAUUUGCAGAACAAAAGGGGCUCAGAUGCUGAUAUGAGCAGCAGCAGUAGUAAGCUACUUUAGGAACAUGUAAUCCUGAUUCAUCAUUGGCUGAUUAAGGAGCCUUUCUCUCACCUGGAUUAGAGGAAUCCUCCAGUAUGGAGUGGUUCUGCUGGCUGAGGAGAAUGAAAGAGAACAAAAAAAGGGGGUUAGAUGACAUAUUCUCUCUGUCUGAUUCUCUCUUUCUCUCAGUGAACAGUGCUGUGUGUGUGCUACCUACACUCUGCUCUCCCAUGCUUGACCUGGAUUGGACAAAAGUCCUUGUUGUGUUUCAGCCUUGAGUUUCUCUAAUGGGUAGAGAACAACCAUUGUGUGUGUGUGUUUGAUCCUAGUGGCCAGUAUUGAUACUUUUCCACCAGGUUUCAAAACGCCACCUUGACUGAUGACACAAAGGGAAUUAAGCAACAUGUGCUGAGCCAACUCGUGCAAUCAUUAAGUAGGAGGAGGAGUAAUCAGAGCAGAUUUAAUUGCAUUCGCUUUCACAGUUCAGUUGCACAAACACUCCUCUUGAAUUAUUUUGCUGGUUUUAGAUAAAUACCUUACUUCAGGCUAGAUUUCUUCAUUUUGUUUGCAUGGGAUUUCCAUUAACUCUCCUCUCAUUAAAACCAUUUUCCCAGAUCGAUUCAUCGUGCAUUCACUUUGUAUUCCUUUCAGAGUAUAUUGCAUAAUGUUUGUCUUGGAUGAUGUAAUUAACUGUUAUUGUGCCACUCAAGUGUCCCGCUGUGACUGUGGGACAGAAGUCAUGCCUAUCUCAUAACACAGCCUCACUAAACAUGUCUAUGUUUUUCUGCCACUGAGCCGAGCUGCAGAGUUCAGAUGUAGAAUGAUCUUCAGAUGAGUUGCUGCUUGAAUUCAUUCAAAUUUUGGCCAGCAGCUCUCAGACCUUGUGCUACCCCUGCCUUGUCUCCUUUCAUCACUCAGCCUCCAUCUCCUCUUUAAAUCUCUGUGGGACCAGUGCUGAAUUAGACAAAGACUGAAAGGAUUUAAGUGUUGGAUUAAUCAUGCGUGGAAAGGGUUAUUGUUAUUGGAAGAUUUUGCUAACGUUUGACCUAUGCAGCAGGAUUCAGGGGCAUCAUAAUAAUUUAGUCAAAUAAAUUCAGGAAGGUUUUUUUCCCCAUAUUUGUCUUGCUGAGUGACUCAGAGCCUUUAACCCUGUCCUUCAGUUCAUACCUUCUUCAUAUGAAAAAUCCCAGUCUUACGACAAAAAGACAGGGACAAUAUGCAGAAGACGGAGAAAUACUGUGACGCAUGCAUACACACUGAUGAGCCAUUUGUGCUCCUAUAACUUUUUCAUCUGACCUGAAUUACACCUGAAGUAUUGAAUCAAAUUUAGAACAAGUCAAAAGUUUGUAAAAUAGGUUACAAGUUGAAUUAUUUCAUUGAAAAAACAGCACCACAAGAUUGAACUUAGUUGGUGACAGGAGGAUCUAAGGGAUCCACACAUUGGCAUGAUAUGAUAUAACAUCAUACAGUACUAUAUGAUAAAAUAUAAUAAAGUACAAUAAGACACCACACCAAAACAUUGUAUUGUGUGGUUUGGCAUCAUAUGGUAUUAUGUCAUUUCAUCAUACAUUUUGACACCAUAUUAUAAGAUAAAAUAUGGUAAAAUAGGAUAUUGUAUCAUACCAUAUGAUAUGAUAACAAUUGAUAUGAGAUAUUUUUAAUUUCCUUUUUAUUGGACUCCAUAGUUACAUGGAAGAUAUGGUACAAUACAACAUGACGUGACACCAGGUACACAAGAUAUCAGGGUAAAACUUUUUUUAUUGCAAUACGAGAAGUUUGUGUGUUUUCACAAACAAUGGAAAAACCUUUAAUAGCUUAAUGUGACUGAACUUUUAUCAUGGAUCUUUGAGUCGACUCUCUGCGUUCAAAUGACAUCUUCGUUCUGUUUGGGAAAGUGACUCUGGCACCUACAUGGAGAAGUGCAGAGACAUGUUUCUUUAUUAAUUUAUGUAAAUGCAGUUAUGUUACAGUAUAUGCAAUCUAUAUUUACUAAUGGUUCAAUCUGGGUCAUCAGCAAUGUGGUAUUAGCUUGUAAUUUAAAGCUCUCCUGAGGAACUUCCAGUUUGUGUGGAUUCUGGCAGCCCCACGUGGACAGCAUGACACCUCAUGAUAAAUGCAUCCUUGUUUAUUUUAACACUCGGCUUUAUAAAGUAAAAACACUCUAGAAGAAUAAAUAAAGGCUGUUUUGGCAAAUUAACACCUACUUAUGCAAGAGGUUUCAGACAUCGAUUAUAACUCCAAAGAAUUAUUCAUUGUUAAUGCUGGUAGUCAUAUUUGCUUUGUGAGCCAUAAAGAGAUAUCAGUAUUCAUUUCAGUCAUGGUAGAGAUUUGAUUAAAUUGAUAACAGGCAGACGUUUUUGUCGAUCAAUCACUGAAAAAUGAGGAACUGGUUACAACUCAUGUUUCAGAUCAUAUGACUGAUAUUGCACGUCCUCUACUGUGACACGUCCUCUACUCAUGUACAUCACAGUUGCAAUGCUCUUGUAUAUUUUGCUCAGCCUUACAGGACACAGUGAGAUAGGACUCAAUGAGAUAUGAUAUAAUGAGAAGUGGUAUGGUGCAAUCUCCAAUAAAUGGCCCAUGAUUGAACUGAAUUCAGGUCAUAAAAGUAGAAGCAAAACUGAAGUAAAUUAAAACGCAAAAUUUUCCAAAUGUUGGUUUUUAUUUGACAAAGUUCGUGAGUCAUUUUCAGUUGAUUGAUCGGUUCGUUUUUCUGUAUAGUUUCCCUGGAAACGGUAUGUCAGAGUUUAGCAGGGGCAUUUUACUGUAACAAACUCACUGCACUACAGCCCCUCACCCCGCUCCCUCUCGGCCCACUGCACCCAGGCUCCCUGUGCAACUAAACAUACCAGUGGAAACUAUCCCUAUGCUAAUGUAACCACCUCAUGUUUUCAACCUUUUUUCCAAACACUAACAGCAUUCCUCCUUGUCCGUCCCUCUCCUUUCCUUUUCCUCAUCUCUCCUAACUCCAGACAUGACUGCAGCUGCUUUUGUAUGGUGCAAAAAUCUAGCCAUAGUCGCUGCUUUCAUUCGCACAAACAUUGGCACAUAUUUUAUCAGGCAAAAUCCUCCCCAGCCCCCUUUUUGUCUGUGCCACCCCCUCUCUUUAUCUCUCUCUUGUUCUCUUUCACACACACAUUUUUCCCACCCCUUCUACUAGCUAGCCCCCCUUGCUCCAUCUCUCCUUCCCUCUCUCUCGCUCCCCCUCUCCCUCUGUAUGAAACUCUACUGUUUGUCUGCUCCCAUCAACUACGAUCCCUUCCUGUCCCCCUCGCCACUUUUUAUUCACUCUUUUCAUCCACGUCCCCCCGAUUGAAAAAAGAAACGCACUGUCCAUGUACUCACAGACACACACACACGCACACACACAUCAGGUCCACUGGCUCUGCCUUUGUCUGCCUGUCUAAUUUUCCAGUGGCAGUUUGGUCCCCGGGGAUUAAUGUGUGUAUCCCCAUGAAGUAAAGGAUAAAAAAGUGUUGAAGGCAGAAAGGGUUGCUGUGAGUUUGUAUAUGUAAAGUUAAAGAACAUGUUUUAGAUGAGAGACUGCUGAAAAAGUGACUUUUUUUUCCUUUCCCCUCUCAAAACUUUGAGCAUAGAUGAAAAAAAAAAUGGGGAAACACAAACAAACACAGGCCUCAGCAAUUUUUGAGAACAGAAUAGAAAUCACAUCUUUGGCAGUUGUGAAAAAAAGGUGUCACAAUGAUUUUGGUUGCACAUUUCAGACAUGAUUAGGCAGCUGCAGGUGUUCUCCACAGAAGCCUGGAGGGCAGGCGGAGUGGAGCGCGUCAGAUGUUCACUUCUCAUGCACUGCAGCAUUGAUAGAAAAAUGAGCAGACAAUGGUUCUGACGUGUGAACUUGAUGUACACUGCACACCGGGGUCACUCAGGUGAUGCAGAAAGAUGCCACCGUUUCAACUGCUACAUUUGUUUCACGGUCUUCAAUUGUGGCUCUCCUAUUUUACCCGUUGUUUGGACAUUUGGCCGCUGUCAGGAAAUUCCUCUGGACAUUCUUUUAUUGAAAGGGGAGAUGUAGUUGGGAUGCGGGAGUGUUUGCUUUUGAUGUGUGUGUUUGUAUGUUUUUGUCUCUUGUACAAAGAAAUAAUACAUAUGAGAGGAGCAGAAAGAAAAAGUAAAACACAAAGUUUGUGCUGCGAGUGUGAGUCUCAUAUAUCUGUAUCGGUGUGUGUAUUAAAGGGAGACUGGGCGGGUGUGAGAGACAGCGAUGGGGUUGAACGUGUUUGAUGUACUGUGAUAACUCUGUCCGGUAUGUGGCUUUCAUGGGAACUCCUUGCCCUGAGGACAUUGGCGAAUAAGCUCCUGUUUAAAGGGCAACUUCCCUCUCUUUAUCGCCUGUUGUUCUUCCCCCUUUUUGUCCCUCACAUCCUGUUAGCCUUUACCUUUUUAGACUGACUGUAAACUACAGUAUGUCCCAUCUGGGCUGCUGUAGCUCAGAGAAUUUAUGUAGUUGCCAAAGUGAGUAUGAGAGAAGACAUUUGUUCUCGUAGUUUCAGCUAAAAUGAUUUCUGUCGACUAUGUGUGAAAACAGUUAAAAAAAAGCAAAGUCCUUAUCUGCAAUUUUUUGGCCCCUGAUCCCAAAUUAAUUCAUUGAUACAGCUUCUCGAUUCAAUACUUUUAUUUGCUGGUAAAAUAGAGCCUCAUUUGUUUUUGUGUUUUGGUCUGUUUAAGUUAGUCUGGCACAGCUGUAAAAUUUACAUGCAAAACCAAAAUUCAACACAUAAUGCUUAAUGGUUAACCUUUAAUAUUCGGUCAGUCUUCUGCGGUAUGUUUUGCGUAAGUGUGCACAUGAUACUGAACACUUAUUUGGACACAAAAGUGGAAGAAUCAGUUUAUGAGUGAGGCUCAGUAAUGACAUGAAACAGACGUCAGGGCCCCGUAUAUCUAAUAGAUGUCACAUCAUGUUUUAAAAACCUCAUAUGUUGUCACUGACUUCGCUCUACAGCUUUAGUACGGCAGUGUCUUAAAUGUAGUCAUGAGAUGGCAUGAUGUCCCAUCAGUCCAAAGUUGAGAUCAGGAAAUCCCUUUAGUUGUUGUUUUUUUUUAUUAAUAUUGACUUUUUAAGAGAUACAAGUGAAUAUAAAAAAGACAAGGAUUAGUGCUUUUCCUGUUUAUUUUUUUUAGAUUCCUUUUUGUUCUCCUUUUGGAUCAUCCUUUAAUUUUCUUCUGCUUGUUUGACAUGAAGAAAAUGAUCACGCUUAGUCCUUUUUAAAGACUGAUUGUCAAAACAGGACUAAUCGUUAGUCACACCCUUUUGUUGCGGCUGAGUCAGGUAAUACAAGGGUAAACACUACAGUUAAGCCAUGGACGUGUGUGUUUGUGUGUAUGUUUGGAUUUUAAACUUGUCAGACAUGCAGUGGGAGGAGUUUGUUUGUUCUCUGUUAAAUUAGCCAAAAACAGCUGUGUUGUUUGCACAUAUUCCUCAAAAUGUGAGGUAUGAUAGCUGUUAUGGAAAUGACGAGCUAAAUGCUAAUCGCAGCUCGUCUCUUAGAGCAUGUGUCUAUGUCUCGGGAAUGUUGCCUGACUGGAAAUCUCCCUUGUUCUUCAGGAGCCUCUUAGCAGUUGGUCUUAUAUCAGCCUAUUGUGUCUCCAAUUUGACAGACAGCUACCAGCAUUGCAUACCAGAGUCCUCCUCUUUGAGCCCAGAGAGACAGCGGGCUUGAUGUAAAGUGUUAAUGACUGUCAUAUAAAAGAGAUAAUGGCGUCUGUUAGCCACGAGACAUGCCCCCAGUGGUCAGGGUGGGCCUUGCUCAUUAGAGAGGGAAAAAAAAGGUCUAGACCUGCUGCUGUGACUUUGACUGAGCCUAGCAUCUGUCAAAGAAGAACACAUUUCAGCAGCCCAAACAGACUGUAGGUGUGUGUGUGUGUGGUACUCGUGGAGAAGCUUCAUACCUCAGAGUGCUGAAACUUUAGACAGGGGUUGGUUUGAAAAGUCCCACGUGCUGAGUUUGUAAAGUAAUAGGUGUGAAGUUGUAAACUAAUAUUCAAAGUGAGUUAAUACCCUGACCCAGACAGCACUUAUGACUUUAAGUUUUCUACACUGUUCUGCACUAAGGUGGCCAUGCUUCUCCUGUGCGGCUCAUUGAUAUGCAUCAUUUUGCCCUCUUCCUGUAACUUCAGCAGCUUAAUCUUAAAUCAUGAACGGUGACUCUGAGCUUUUUUAUUUUUAUUUUUUUGCAUUUCUAAUUGGUAGCCCAACCCCUUCUCUCAGAUACUGGCUCCAGAGUAACUUCAGGGCUGGCUGAUGUCUUAAUGAAAAUGAUCAUAAGCUGACAGGAGGCAGGGGAGUUAUGAUACCUAAGGCCAAAUGGAGAUUAAUAGAGGAGAACGAGAGAUAAAGAUGUCAUCUGCGAAAUACCCACUGGUGCACACACACAUAGACACACACAUGCGCGCAUAAGCAUACAAACCCAAACAGUGAAUGAGUAACAGCAUUGCAGGAAUCUUGCCAUGUCAGAGGACACCAGCUGUGUUCAGUUUCACCUUCUGGUAGCAAAGGAUAACACUGAGGGCUAAUUUAAAACCCUCUAUUAUCACCCUGUCUGGAUGCUCCGUUGAGUAUGUGCUAGGUAAUUCUGUCAAUGGAUCAUAAUGGUAAUCAAAGUUUGGGAUAUUUAUGAGCUCCUGGUUGGAAGUGUGUUGUACUCACUGCAGUAUAGUUUGACAAUUCCUCUCAGUAUGAAUAAUUCACACUCCACCAGCCCAUAGUUCAUCAUCCAUAUUUAAUGUAGGGAUCGCAUACUCCUAACAGCUUCUUACUGUUGACUAAUGGAGCUAUUGAACACAAUUUUAAGUUAUAAAAUGCCGAUAAAUGUCCUCUUGAAGUUUGACAAAGUAAUAUGCAACUUUUCAUCGGGCUAACUGGACAUUAUGAAAAUACUCGGGUUCAAAAGUCCGACAUUUAGCUCAUAACAAAUAAGCCCUUGUGUGUGGGUCUUUGGAUAUUCCCACCCUUAUACGGGAUAGGUCCAUGUUAAGGAGCAAGAGUUCACAUCUGAGUUUGAGUUACAUCGUCCAGUUAAUGAGCUCGGGUAACUUUGCCAAGCAGCGUCGGAAAAACACCAUUUACGGAAGUUUUUUUUGUUUCUGUAUCUGAUGGCUGGAAACUUUGUACCAGUCAUGGGGCUCAUCAGAGGGUACACACAUUAAGUUCUCAUUAAUGUUUACAGUAUUUUGCCACCAGUGAGUUUAAUUGCGAAAAUGCAUUAGCCGAGUUAAACAGGCAAUCAACACUUCAUGUUCUCGAGGGAAAUACGAUCUCACUUUGCAAGAAUUAGCUUUGUCAUUCUUCUUAGAAAGAAACAAUAAGGAUUUUCAGUGUAGUUAAUCUUUAAUGUUGGUGUGUUUUGUCCAUUUGAAAUACGUUGACUGUGCUUUUUAAAUGUACAGCUUAUAGAUUAUAGAGAAAUAUCCCAUUAUAAGGGAUUUAUAUGGUAAUAUUUUAUAUUUUCAUGUAUGAAUAUAUGGAAACAACAAGACUAUUAUUCUUUCUCCUGGCUGUCAGGAUAUUAAUGCAGUGUUUUGUUUCUGUGUUGCAGGGCUCACUUGAAGAUCUUCACACAGCAGUCUGAAAGAAAAACGGAACAACUUUCCUAACUGGCUUGAAAAGACUACAGCUUUAGUGUGUUUGUCAGAGCUGAAAGAUGUGUGGUUAACUUUGAUGAGCUCUCCACAUAUGUGGGGGAUGUAGGGGAUGGUAAAGAGCAAAGUAAAGAAGACAGAAACUUUUUCGAGAGCUGUGGUCUCGCUCUCCUCUUCUGCCGCUGAACAUCAUCAAACAGAAGAGACGAGGAAAGCAGACUGAAGGCAAAGCGGGAGAGGGUCAUCAGCCUGAGCAAAGACGGCUUUCAGUCACCUGCAGCUCUGGAAAAUCUGAGAGACUUAGCAGGGGUGAGUGGGUGACCACAGAAAGAGAGAGAGACGGGGACUGACGGAGGAGCAAAGGUUUGGAGGGGGAGGAGGAGGACUAGGGGGAAGAGUGGGAGAGGCCAAUCCCCAUGGCUACUGACCCAGGAGAGCCCACAGGCACCGAGGAGUCCUCUGAGAAACCUGAUGGACAGAGGGAGGAGGACACAGAGCGAGAGGGCAGGGCCGACCCACAGAGGGAGAGGACACACAGCACCCCCUCGGACUUCCCCUCCUCCCAGACUCAGGAGAGGAAAUUGAGAGAGGAUGGAGGAAUUAGGGGAGGAGGAGGAGAAGGGGGAGGCAGUCAGACGACUGAGGACAGCCAAGACAGACGGAUUUCAUUCUCCACGCCAUCCUUGACAGUGGACACUGGCCAAAAACGGCUGAGGAGGGAGAAGCGUUUCUUCAGGAAGAGUGUGGAGAUUUGUGAACAGGACGAUGAGGUGGAGGUGCCUCCAGAGGCACCCCACAGUGCCCCCCACUUAGAGCUGUGCUCCUCAGACUCAGUCUUCACCGGCAGUGCCCAGCAGCAAGGAGCUGCUUCAUCCUGUGCUGCAAUGGGCCAUGACCCAUCCUGCCCCAGCUCCAGCCAAGAGCCCGGCAAGGAUGCUCCUUCCUCAGCACCUGCCCAGAGAGGGAAAGAGAGGGACCGUGAGCAGGAGGAAGAGGCGGAGAUGAAGGCGGUGGCCACCUCUCCUGGAGGCAGGUUCCUCAAGUUUGACAUCGAAUUGGGCAGAGGAGCGUUCAAGACUGUAUAUAAAGGCCUUGACACGGAAACAUGGGUGGAGGUGGCUUGGUGUGAACUUCAGGUAUGACCAGCUGUUCUCCUUUUUUGGCCACAUAUUAACUGAAUGAUAAAACCUGCUUUAACUUUAACAAUGUACAAGCAAAUUUUUGAUUGAUUAAGCCCAAAUUAGUAAAGGAUUUAGAUACAUCACAAUCUAAAUACAAUGAGAAUACUUUGUUUUGACAAAUAGUUACACUUUGAGUUAGUAAGCUUUAAGGUCAGCCGUGCUUUUUGAAAUAAAUCAUAUUUGAUGUUUCUGGAGCUCUCUGCUGACACCUGGGAGUCUCGGCGCUUGUCUGUUUGCUAUUCAUGCAAAGAGUCUGCAGUUCAGUGGAAGACAGGGGUGAUAAGGUGGAGCAUCGCUUGAAAUUGUAUGACUGCACAAAGUGAAAGUGGAGGCUUUGCCUCUUCCUGGACCGUUAUGAAUAAUAGAAACACAGGUUUCCAGCACCUCCUCUCCUUGUUGUGGUAGUGUUUUCUACGAGAAACACUUUUUUGUAUUAUCCUGAAAUGUAGCAAUUCAUACGAAUUCAGUAAGUAAUUCACAAAGAGAUAACAGCAUUUAUGAUAACUAUUUAUCAUAGGGCUUUAAUGACCUGUUCUAAAUCAGUCAAGAAGUAUCCUGCCAUGUGGGAGAGAUAUUUGUCUUUUUAUCAUGACAAUUUCCUCCCAAAGGGCUAAUAUAUUAUAAUUUGAUGAAGACAGGUUCAUGUUGGAGUAAGUAUAAUCAUGUCAAUAAGGGCCAGAGUUGAACUGAUGCUACCAUAGUGUCUCACUCAGCUCACUUUUGUGUAUUGUAUGAUAAUUUGAAGUAUGGAAGUAGUCACAUGAGAGGGAGGUUCUGAAUGGGAUGUAUUUUAUGAGUUCAGAGAAAUAAGGAACACUGUGGCAAUGUAGGUGUGACAACCACAAACAUUACUGUCAGAGACUCUUUGUCAUGCAUAGACAUGGCAGUGGGAGGAUUAUCAUGAAAUGUUAUGAAUGUUUUGCACCAGAGCACUGUCCAAGCUUUUACACACUAAAGACAACCGGAUCUAUCAUGAGAAGUAACGGGAAACAUUGUUAGAUGCUGUGAUUUCAACAUGUGGUGGGAGACUCCAGUCUUGUGGAGGAGAGAAGAAAAUGAAUCCCUCUGACUCUUGGCGGCACAAUAGAGAGCAGUGUUAUAGUAAGCCAUCAGACUUGAGUGCAGGCUUUGUGAGAAAAGUCAGUCAUGUGUUUGGUUUAGUCCAAAACAGAAGCCCCGACUAAUCCUAAAGAUCAGGCUCUGUCUGUUGGACUAAGCAGGCACUUCCCCAUCACCUUUUCUGGGUUUACUCAGCACCUGAGUUUUGUUUUUGUUUUUUCUACACUAGAAGCUCUGUUUAUUUUACUCUUACUGCUUCUGUUCACUCACACUUCAGUACUAAUGUUCAGAAGGUGCUCUUUUUCACCUUUAAUAAUAAAGCUGUCACUAAUACAUUUAUGAUUGGCCAACAGACAGCAUACCUUCAUGGCACCAGCAAAGGCACCGCUCUGAUUUUCUGUCUGGCUCAGGGCUGUAAACUAAGCCUGUCUGGCAAAGCAGAAACAAAGUAGGCGUAAAAUGAUUAGCAGAUGCAUAUUGAAGUUUGUCUCCAUAAAUGCAUCAUAAAUAUAAUCCUCAUAGAAGAAAAAUAGGUUAUUGGUUGAUGACGCAUGAAGAAAUGUACCAGCUCUCAUGUCAGAAAAACUCUGUUUAAAAACAUUCAGUGUGUAUUUUACCUUCCUGAAAGAGAGAAAAGGAUCGUUUUAAAAACAAAACAGACUGAGAUUCUGGAAAAAAAGAGCAUCAGAAAAGAGAGAGCAGGGCAGCCUGUGAGAAAGACACAGGAGACACAGGAGGUGAUGGUGAUUGAAAGGGAGAGAGAGACAGAGGGAGAGACAAGCAGCCAAACAGAGGAUUACCAUGGCAUCCCUCCCAGAGAGCAGUCGCAUAGCUAAUGCUAACUUACCACAUGCAGGGCCACACAUGGACGUACACAAACACACAUGCACAUGCACACACUCAGACUCUACACAGCGACCAGGUCAAACCCCUAUAAAUGGAUCCAGUACUGCAUUCAGUGAAACAUUCUAGUCUGUCAGGUCACAUGAUCUGUCCUUUUAGUCUGUCUAAUCAAAAGCUUGUUCACCGGUUCAGUGCAAAGUGGUAUCAGAAUAAACAAUGACAAUCAGAAUCAUUUGAUAUGAUCAGCUUACUGUAUUAUUAAUCAUGAAAUUGAAACAAACAUUUGCUGUGGGAGGCUUACACAAUGCAAUAUUGAUGCACCUUUAAUAAGGCAGCUAACAAACAGCAGCACUCUUGUUUCUACAGUGUUAUUAAUUGUAUAAAAUAGCACUUUUAGAAGUUCAGUUUUUUAAAUUCAAAACAAUUUGAUUGAAGAGAAGGUCUCAUUGUCGUCAAAAAUAAUGUGAUCAUUUAUCAUAUUGCUGUAACAUGGGGUUUGAGAGUAGACAUUGUACGAUUUGAUGCUAACUCUGCUUUCCUGUGAGACUGCAGCCUGGGAACACCUAGCAUCUCUUCUCUUAUGUCCACAAAGAGAGGGAAGCCAGGGGAUUAGCUGUCCAAAUGCAGCUUGAAAGAGUGUGUAAUUAAAGUUCACAAUGCGGACACCAUAGCUCUUCUUCCCUUUCCCUUUCCCUGGGAAUUCCACGCCUAAAAGGGAAGAGCCAUUUGUCUCCUAUGCUAACGGUUUUACCCUCACUCACCCUCGGUGGGUGUGUUUGUAUGUGUUAUCGUACUUUUAUUUCAUUUCUGCGUGCAAGCUGUUGCCCUCAGUUCGUCUGUGUCAACAUAUGCCACUCUAUGUGUCUGCCUCUCAUCCUCCCUCUCUCUUCCUCUCCCAGCCUCCCUCCAUUUCUCCCUCCAUCACUUUUUGUUUGUAUGAGUGAGCAUGCAGGGUGAUCCAGGGGAGUUAAUUACAGUGGGUGCCUGUGAGGCUGGAACAAAAACCCUGCACAGACAGCAUAACUCGGGCAGCAGAAACCAGACUGGUUCAACCCAGUCAGCCCAGACUGGUCCAGCUCAGCUUGGGUCAACCCAGCCAUGUUCCACUCUCAGGGUUACAAAACUCAGACCCGCACUGAAGGUUGUUGUGAUGAUCAUGACCUCCUUGAUUAUUGGGGUGUCAUUUGUUGUAAUAGAGCCUGAUUAAUAGGUAAUGACAGAUAAAUACCAUUAUUAAAGGUUGAGUUUAUAACAUCAUGCAAUGGUUUCAAGCUCCUCCUUGUUAAGGCUUAUUUAUAUAUAUAUAUAUUUUUUUUACAAUUAAAGGUGGCAUAAGAAUUAUCACUGAGUGUGCUGCGUCCUGUGAAACAGAACUGAGACACUUCCUUUGCAUUUGUUUUAUGAUAAUUAAGCUAUUCACGAGGUUGCCACCUGCCUCUGGUGAGAGAAAAAGCUGUUUUACAACUCUUUGAUAUGAACAAACGGUGUGGACUGUGGUUCAAGUAUCAAUAGGACGGAUUUUUUCCUCUCAAAAACAAAAACAAAACAGAGAGGGUGGGGUUGGAAAUAAUGUUGACUGAUAAAGAUGUUUGUCAGCCGUAGUGCAAACUUGUAGUCCAUAGAUAACGUUUUUCGAUGGUUGAUUAUGGCAGAUAUGUGAUGCUGAUUUUAUGUUAAAUAUGAUAAGAAAAAAAUACAAGGUAAAAAUUUGGGUGUAAAAACAAAACAAAAAAAAGACAGUCAUAAUAUCAUUAUUCAAGGCCCACAACAAUCUAACAAACAUGGUUAUCUUAUCUUUACAUGUUUUUGAUGGAUUUUUAAUGAUUCAUGAAAUAGAAAAAUACAUUUAAUCAUACAAUUAAGUUCAGAGCAUGACUGUUGGAGCCAAUAUUUAAGUACUUUUUUCUAUAUCUCAUGACAGAAUUAACAUUUGACACCAGGCAGUAACUGACUUGAUAUGCUUUCAUUUAAGAUGAAAACAUUUGUUGUCAUUCAGAAAAGAUAAUACGGAUAUGAGUGUUUCAAACCCAGUCAUUAUAAAUGCCAGUAACUGCCUUAAAAAUUCAGCCCACCUUUUGUAAAGAAUACAAAAACAAAACCAAUUGACAAAUGGAAACACGCUGCUGCUGCAGCUCUGUUCUGUUUAUAAAAGAGCAGUUCAGUCUUUCCAGGUAAAAAUAAAGAAGGCCUAUUGAUAGAUAAUCCAAAUUAGGAGAGGCAACAUUCAAUGGGCUGCAGCUGAACAGACUAGACCGGGAUGGAAUUGAUUCGACUAAACUGACCAGCUACAACCCUCAACUAGGACACAGAGAUGGCAAGUGUCCCUCGGGCUGUAGCCACAAAAGCGAACCAUCAAUCCAACAGGAGAUUCAAUUACCAAUCAAUGUUUUUACCACACAGACACAGGCAGAACAGUGGAGCCGUCAUGUCCAAUAAAUCUGAGGUAGUCAUGAUAGAAUUAUGGAGCAUAGGGAAGAUCUCUUGGUCAGAUUUGUGCAGUGGAAUUGGCAUUCAUCACAGAGCUGUCUGUGUAAGGAGACAGGCGUUAAUUCACAGUUUUUACCUUAACAGAAUUGUUGCUAGUGAGAUGCUGUUGCACUUAAAUUACCUUUGCUGCAGUUAAAAACAGGCAUCAUAAGCUGCAGGGAGACAUAGAAUGCUCCUGCUUACAAGUGGCCACUUCAAAACAUGGUGAGUGCGGAGGAUUGGUUUAAGGUCCUUGUAAGUGUGUUGAACUUGGCCUACUGGCCUGGAGUUCUAAUCCAGUAUGAGGGCCAGCCCUUUACCAGCGAUCUAUCUUGUUAGUCUGAUCUGUUGUAGCUUACACUAAUCUAAUCCCAGCCACCCGCCACCCCAGAUUUUCUUACACAGACAUGCUUUCAGAGCCCUCCACACGACAUACACCCUGAUAACUAGCACCAUAAGUAAGAAUAAUACUCGCCUUUUUUUCCUACCACCCUGUUAAAACAUUGAAGCUCAAGGCCCCCUCAAAGGAAGGCACCCAGAAAGGCUCCUCGUCUCAUGUAGUGUGUCUGAUACCUGAUACUCGUGCAGUGUUUGCCAAAAUAGAUGUUUUAGAGCUCACGUGCUUUGCUGCUUAUGACCCCAGGUUCUUACCAUGCACCAAAUGUGCUUUGUAAGCCAUAUCCCGUCCAUUUCCUGUGUUAUGAGGCUACUUAACCUGCUGCCUGACCUUCUGCUUCACCAGAUGUCUGAUUCCAAAAAAAAAAGAAAUCUCAGACUCAUGGUGCACAUCCAGGUCUUAGGUCUUACUCUGUUUACCAAGUUACAGGGCUUAGGCUGUGUCCUGGCGGUGCCAUUACAACAACAUAAUACGACCUAACAGAGGUCGAUUCACACGUUACCACAUGGACUCCUGACAUUUUGGAGAUAAUUUCAGGACAUACGGAAACUUGCUGUGUACACAUGCACGUCCCAGAGGAACAGAUAAUAUCUGUCAAAUGUGCUCUCACAACGUGAUCUGCCCUGUUUUGUUUGAAUGUGAAGGAGGGUGGCUUGGUGUUACAAGCAGGAGGAGUCUUCUGUAGUGGUGACUGCUUCUGUGUUUGUAUGACUACAGCAUGUAUUGUUGCUGCAAUACAAACAUCACAAAACAAACAUUAAGUAGACUACUGAGGUGAACAGUUAGGAGAAUAAAACAGAGCUUCAACAUGUCAUUAUGCUGUCCACUCAGUCACUGUGAAUUUACCUGUCUUAUCUAAUACAUUCACGCUUUUGUGGAAAUUGUUUGAGGGGAGCUGACAGGAAAAAAUCUGAAUAAAGGUUGAGUUUUUGAGGUUUGCUUUGAUUUGAAAAAGUCACGAUUAGUAAACCACCAGUAUUUAAUGUCAUACUGUGUCUACGAUACGAGCUAGCCCCCCGUAAUUAAAAUGAAAGCUAAAACUCUCAGGGCAUUAAUAAUGUUAAAUUUCCCUAUCAGCCCUUGCCAGUCAUUUGUAUUAGAUCAGUUGAUGUGUAUGGACAGGGACUACUCAUUGGGGGGAUAGAGGGUACUUAGUAGUUAAAAUAAUGAACAGUUGGUUGUGCAGAUAAGGGCGUCUUUGUAGAAAGCCUGUAGUUUUGUUCAACGCCCAGUAAGUAACAUACAAACUGUGAUGUAAUGUGUGUGUUAGCCUACUAGCUGAGGAUAGCUGGUCCACUAAGAAAAGUUUGUUUAGAUUUUUUGGGGGGGCUGUUUGCAAGGAGGAGAGAGCAGGCUAAUAAGCUGUGUAAUUAGCAGCGUAUUACAUGCUCUGAAAAAAAGGUGCAGGGUACAGAAGUUUCACCCAUCUGAAUCUGAAUCUGAACACAUAUUUACUAACUUUAUAAAUAUUCUACCUGUUAAAAAAUAAAAUGGGGAAAAGGUUGUUCCUAGAGAUUUCAAAAUAAAAAAUUUUAGGGCUGUAAUACCUAUACCCUGAUUCCACAAAAGUGUUAUACUUUAACAGGAGUUUUGUCCAUGUGUGGAAAGAGCGUCAGUAUGUUUGUGCAAAUGAAGUGAGAUGAACACCUCAAAGAGCAAAUACAAACUUUAAACUAUGAAUAAAGUAGCAACUCCCUCACUGAUUUUCAGUUAUUUUAGUGGCAGAAUAACUGCUGUCAUACCCCUGUACAUUAUAGAGUAAGAAUCAAGUGGUGUUGUUUUCUUGUGUUAUAUAUUUUCAUAAUUAUCGUGUUACUUUGUUUGUAAAAGAGCCAGCGGUAUUUUCUUCAUACUGAUGCACAAAUGGAGAAGCUGCCAUUCACCACUCAGAAUCAUACUGUUCUAGCUGCUCUCAGUCUGCUUGACUUUAUGUCAAUGCUUUUCUGUAACUUCCUCUUUUUCAUUUAUCUGAUGGUUUAGAGACACUCCUGCCCCUUCUCUCCUCUAAUGGCUACUUUGUUUGUCAGUUCUGUUUUCAUUAGCUGAUUCAGUAUUGAAGAAGUCCCAGAUUUGUGUUAAAUCUGGAAAGAUUUUAUGAGUAGUGGAUUCAUAUUUAUUUCACAGUUCAGCUUGGGUGACAUCUUGACAGCAGUAAUUGAUUUUGGGUGUGUAAAGCAGUCUUGGCAUUAGAAAGAGGACUGUUGUGGACUUGUGUUAUCAUGUUUGUAAUACUGCUGUGCCUCUCUUAGUGAGAAAAUGGGUGUGCGUGGGCCUGUGUUAGUGCCGAUGGAGAGGGUAAGGGUUUUGUAUGAGUCUGUCUAGACACAGUCUCUCAAACUGAACUCUAUCUGAACUUUGCCCACCCUAAGGCUGCCUGAUGCCACUCUCAGAGAGACAUACAAUAGAUGCUGAGGAGGCAGCAGACAGGGACAUAGCCUGCCUCACACCAAACCAGACAGCGAGGCUGAGUGAUGCAUCAGAGGACCAACGCAUCAAAAAAGAGCCAGGACUGGAUGACAAAAUAAGGCUGGGAAGAAGAAACAUUUGGAUAUUUUUGCAGUGACAGACAGCACAAGAUCCUGGCAUGAUUAGACACACCUGCACACACUCAGGUUCACACGUAACUGCAUUGGUAUGCAUAUUAAUUAAAACUUGACAAAGAUGGUAUUAAAGGAAUGACAGCAUAAGGGUAAACCAAGGAUGGGCAACUUAUUUUUAGCCACAACAGAGCAAAGCGCCGCAGCCUUUUUGUUGAUAGUACUUUCCUGUGGAGGGAGGAGGGUUAGAGAGAUUGCCUCUACCGUUGCUUCCAGAAAAGGACACUAAACCAGUAUAGACACAGAGAGUGAGGGAUCCCUGUGAAGAUGAAAGACAGACCCAUGGGGGAACAGAAACGGAGGCACAUAAUUCAAAGGAAAGUCAGGACAGGGGCAGGAAAUACGUAGACUACAUGGCAUGAGAAUCUGUUUAUUUACAUCUAAACAUCUGCACUACACAGCCUCUGUUUGGGGAGCUUUAAGCAAAGCAACAUCAAUGAAAUUGAUCUGUGGAAAGUAAGCGUUAUGAUGACUUCUAUUUAUAGUGAGGUCUGUUUGUGACAGACACUGGCUGCCUUUCAAUUACCUUCCGAUAAUCAAGUGAAACACUCUCUUUUCAUCUGAUCUUCUCUCAGAAUUUUGCCUCAACAUGAAUCAUUCAGCGUUGCCUUUAGCAACAAGCAAGUUAAGUGUUUUAUUUAAGCUCUCAGUGCCAAUAAAUGAUGACGAUGUCUUUGCACAUCAGGUCACAAGGUCAGUAAAGGUUACACGACAGCAGACCCAAAAUGCUUUAUUUGUAAACAAGAAGAUGGCAGACGACCACAGUUGUUUCUGACAUGUCUAAAAAUACACACUGGCUCAGUAGACCCAGUCUGGAUUUCUUCCACUGAAGCUUUGGCCGUUUUUUAACUCUUAAAAAUACUGUCAUCAUCAUUAAUGCAGUUUCCCUCUGACUUGUGGUGAGAAAGAAAAUAUUUUGUUUAUUUUUUCUGAGUAUGACUGGUCUAAGAGAAAACUAAUAACAAAAAAAUAAAAAGAGUUUUACAAGAUGAGAAAUGCAUGAUUUCAACAGAUGCACAUAUCUUUAUUGCAGAACACACACACACACACACAUAUAUAUAGGAGUAUUGGGACUUCAAAAUAACCUUUGUCACAAUGUUUUACACAGAGAAUGUUUGAUGGCUGUCUCUGGUCCUGUUGGAUGCUGUCUGUGCCUCUGAGGUAGAUUUUUGCUGCAUCCAUGAUGUCCGCUGUACUGUAGAUUUGUGGCAGGUGCAGCACAAAUGGGUUUUAUGAAGCCAAGAGUUGGGUGUUGUCUCAGCACUGCUGCAUGUCUGCAUUGCUAGUACCAUCUAGUGGCUGCAGGUGUUAGUGAAACACUAGUGGCUGUGGGAGGUCAAGUAAAACCAGUAUGGAGUUUCUGAGCAGAAUAGUGUUGCAUAACCCAAGUACAGCUUCAAUACUUAAGUGAGAACUCCUUUCAUGGGAAAAAAGUAAAGAGAGCUUUUAUUCACUGUUAUGCCAUAAACCAGUUUUUGUAUUUCUCAAUUCAGGACCGCAAACUGACCAAGGCUGAGCAGCAGCGCUUCAAGGAGGAGGCUGAGAUGCUGAAGGGGCUCCAGCACCCCAACAUUGUCCGUUUCUAUGACUCUUGGGAGUCUGCGCUACGCGGCAAGAAAUGCAUCGUACUGGUUACUGAACUCAUGACUUCAGGAACACUCAAAACGUGAGCAUAGCAGCCUCAUACCUCAAAUUUGAAAACAUGGUCUGAUGGUUUUGUAAAUCUUUGUUGGUGCAGUACCAUCUUUCAUCCUAAAAAUGACCAAGUAACAUAAAGCCAUACUCCAGUGUGGAGCUCUGGUGGGAAUUUUUACCUUAUUUAUUUGAGAAGUUGUGCUUUGUAUGCUUUGUGGAAAACUGUGACAGAAUCAGAUAGAUAUAGAUUUAUAUUUGAAUGGAAGUAAAUGUUAUUAAUCUAAAUUCAUUUAGAAAUUCAAACUUUGAAAUACAAAGCUUUCUUUCAAUUGUUGAUAAUGCAUUUAAUAGUUUGUACAAAAGUCUAGCUUCCCUGUCCUCUUGCUCAGAUAUUUGAAGCGCUUCAAGGUGAUGAAACCCAAAGUGUUGCGGAGCUGGUGUCGUCAAAUCCUGAAGGGCCUCCACUUCCUUCACACCAGGACUCCCCCGAUAGUCCACCGUGACCUCAAAUGUGACAACAUCUUCAUAACAGGCCCCACAGGCUCUGUCAAGAUAGGUGACCUGGGGCUGGCCACUCUUAUGCGGACCUCCUUUGCCAAGAGUGUAAUAGGUAGGCUCCAGAAUUAGAUCUGCUACUUUGGAAGACAAUGCCAGGAAUGAAGUACCUGUUUCAACUGACCGGAAAGAGGGCCUAUAAAUAUUACUCUCUUUUGAUUCAGCACUAUCAUGAUUUUUAAAAAGAGCUUCAGGUGCUUUGGGGAAUAGAGUGUAAUCGACACAGUCACUGUAAAACCCAUAUGGGCAGCACUUAAUGCAGAGACCUUAGUAUGCCAACUUAAGCCGGGCACCAUUAUACUCAAUAAAGCUUAACUCAGAAAGUAACAAUCCCCAGGAAGUGGAAAUUUUCUGUGGAAAGUUUCUGACAGUGAAUACUGAUAGUGAUUUUAAGCUAUUAAGUUAUUUUGCUUGUUGUUUACUUUGGAUCUCAAUCUUGUCCUAACAGGUACACCAGAGUUCAUGGCUCCAGAGAUGUAUGAGGAGCACUAUGAUGAGUCUGUAGAUGUCUACGCUUUUGGGAUGUGCAUGCUGGAGAUGGCCACAUCAGAAUACCCCUACUCUGAGUGCCAGAAUGCUGCUCAGAUCUAUCGUAAAGUCACAAGUGUAAGUCUUGUUAAUUAGAUACUGUAUGUGUAGACCUAUUUUGAAACAUUGACACAAGGAACCACCCAUUUAUUUUUUCAGGGGAUAAAGCCUGCCAGCUUUGACAAAGUAAACGACCCAGAGAUCAAAGAAAUCAUCGAAGGCUGCAUUCGUCAGAACAAGAGCCAGAGGUUGGCAGGUUUUACUUUCCUGAUGGAACAUACUGAACUAAGACCUGAUUGGUAAAUCAUAAAGCAUAGUGGUGCAUUAUUCAUCCUGUGUACUCUUGAUCCUUCUUUCAACAGACUUUCUAUCAGAGACCUCCUGAACCAUGCAUUUUUCGGGGAAGAUACAGGAGUCCGGGUGGAGCUGGCAGAGGAAGACACAGGCACCCAGGACUGCCUUGCUCUCCGGAUUUGGGUUGAAGAGCCCAAGAAGCUGAAGGGGAAGCACAAAGACAAUGAGGCCAUCGAGUUCAGCUAUGACCUGGAGAACGACAGUGCUGAGGAAGUGGCUCUGGAAAUGGUGAGUGCAAGUUUACACUUGACAAGUCGUAAACAGAAUUUAUGAGUGCCAUGUGUGAGAUAAGAUUUGCUGGAUUACAUUUUUAAAGUUUCAAAGCUAGAAGUUAGAUCAGAUAUGGGGAUACGCUCAGCUCAUUCAUCAGCUUUUUAAUAGUACCUCCUUCUGACCUAGAUUCUACUCAGCCCCUCAUUAGAAACUUUUUCUCUCUCUUUCAGGUAAAGUCAGGAUUCUUUCAUGAAAGCGAUGCCAAGGUGGUGGGAAAAUCCAUCCGGGACAGGGUUAACCUGAUCAAAAAGUCUCGGGAGCGUCGACAGCAGCAGCUCCUCCAGCAGCAGCAGGGCUAUGAAGAAAGAAGAGACUCAAACCUCCCCACCUACACCUUCUCUCAUCCUGCCUGCCUUUCCUCACUGGGGCCAAUGGUAGCUGGACAAACAGGAGGUGGUGGAGGAGGAGGGCAGGAGUCUGAGGAACUGCCUGAAGUAGACCAGCAUGUCAGGCAGCAGCACAUUUUCAGUGGGGCAACGCUUAGUCUGCCAGGUAAAGCAUGCGAAUUUAGAAUUAAGACACUGCUGCUUCUGACAUGUUGAAAGACAGAACCAAUAUGAAAUGCCAUUACAAUUUGCUAUGUUUGACACUUACUCUCAACACUUGGCAGGUGACAGCAUUGGAUCUGCCAGCUGUGAAUCGUAUACCAGUGGACAGAGUCAGGCAUUCUCUCAACAAGUAGAAGCAUAUGUCCACUCUGGGACAGCUCUCGCCCCUGCAGCGUCGGUAUGUUAUUGCUUUGAUUUUUAGCACAUUUAUAAAACAAACAGUUCACCGAGACAAAGGGCUGGGCGUUAUGGCCUCAAAUCAAUAUCAUGAUAUGUUGAGCAGUUCACCUUGAUAACGGUACAUGGACAAUAAAUACUCCACAAGCUACUCACCCCCUCCCACAUUAACUUCGCCUACUUCAGCUGCCGCUCCAGCUGAUACAACUUUCGAACAGUCCUUCAUCUCCUCACCUGUCUUUCCCUCUUUGUUACGGACUGGAUGGGGUGGAGUCAAGUCUCCGACGUAAGCGUCUUAAAGGGACUUGAGAACAUAACCAUAGAUUAUACCAAUAUGGGCAAAAUGACGUUGGUUACGGUAUUGGUAAAUUUUCGGUUUAUCGCCCAGCCCUACAAAGAAAUAAUUACUAUUAUUCAUGAUCUGAAGCACCUAUAAGACCCAGUCACAUUGCUAAUUUACUAUCCACUACAGAGUGCUGGUGCGUUGGCUCAUCCUCAAAUGCACCCAAUGGGUGAAGGUGGAAGUGUCCCUAAUGUGCCUAUGGGCCAGAGUGUCAGUAUGUCCAGCAUGUCCAUAGGCCACAGUGGAGGAGGACCUGUCGGUCAGCCAUUUCUUCAGCCUGUUGCCAUGGUUCCACAGGUAUCACCAAGUGUCCCUCAACAAUAUUAUCAGGUGAAAAGGGUGACAAUACUACUGUAUACUCCAUUUAACAUUUCUGUCAAAGAAAGUUGAGCCAUAAUCCUACUCAUAGACUGUAUAUACUAUGGACAACUUGGUUCCGCCUACCGCCUGUAUACGGAUUUGAAGCCAAAAAGCUCUCGGUAUUUCCGGGAUUUUUCUUCAUUUCCUGAAACCAGCGCUGUGCAGUAGCGAUGCGGGCAUUCAGCCGCACAGUCGCCGAGAGUCACUGUGAUGACGCUCGGCUCAAACAGCGUAUCCCCCUGGGUGAGCUACGCAAUCCCUGAAUGCCCAUAGGCUGCAUCAGGUGUCAAUCAUAGAAAACAUGAACCCCCUAAUAACUUUUAAGAACAGAGCUUCACAGAAAAAAGAGGACUUGAGCACAAACCAGUCUUACAAUAAUUACAUGUCAACAUCACAAGCAGGGGGGAGAAAAAAUUAUGUUCUGUGUAAUAAAUUUCUAAAGUUUGUCCACAGCCCCCUAAGCUUUGCUGGUGGAGGCGGGAUUUAUGACCUAUACUGCAGCCCAUCAACAGAGGGUGCUGUUCUCGGAGUGGCUUCACCCAGAGAGGAGGCAGACUCUGUCCAUUCUAUAUACAGUCUAUGAUCCUACUACUUUGUCGUAUUGUGGGUUCUCCUUUUUCAAAUAACAAUUUAUCCAAUCACAAAUCAUCCUCAUAAUUCUCUAAGAUUGACUACCUGAUUGUGUGCUGUAAGGGUUAUCGUCAGGAAAUGUCGUAGCAGAGAUGGACAAUGCCUUUUUUUAAAUCAAAUGUACUAUCUGUGCUUUAAUGGGCUGUCCAUCACUGCUAUUAAGUCCUGUGGAAUUCCCUGUUGUAUAAAACUAAAUGUGUCAAUUAAUGAACUGCCAAAGCUUAUUCUUACCUAAUUUUUCUACUGCUUUCUUUUCAUCCUCUUUCCAAUCAUCACCAAUCAUCAUUCUGUCAUUAUCACUGAGCAGUCACAAACAUUCCCGUCAGAGGCAUUUCAAACUGCCACUCCCCAUGCCUCUCUGGCCCCCUCACAGUCAUACAUCCCCCCUGUUUCCCCACAAGCUCCGUUUAAUGUUCUCACUACAUCCAUGUCGGUCAGUGAUCCUGCUGGACUAGUGGGGACCAUUGUACCCCUCGCUCAGCAGGCUCAGCCCCCUGCCACUCCCAUGCAGCCCACUGACGUCAUACCCCCGGCAGCACCCCAGCAAGCACAGCCUGUCAUGAUCCCUCAGCAGGCCAUUGUACCACAACAACAGUUGGGGAUGGAUCCCCAUACCUCCACCCUACAGCAACAACCACAACAGCAAAUUGAUGCCAAGGCCACACUGCUGGAUCAUCAACAAGUUGUUGCAACGCAGCCUUUGACGGAACAACAUCUACACGGCAUUUCAGCUACAACGGUCCAGAAACCUCAGCAUGAGCCUCAGCAGCAGACCUAUGUUCAGCAGCCGUUUCCUCAGCAGCAGGUUUUACCAACACAAACAGGUAUGGAGCCGCAAGCUUUGUCACUAACACAAACAGGGGAGCAACCUCAGGCGUAUAAACAGCAACGGACAGGGGAUUCUUGUGAGCAGGCCAUGAUACAACAGCAGCUCCAGCAACAGCAGACUGUGCUGCAACAACAACAACAAGCUUUAGCACCAGAGCAACAUCAGACAUAUGUGCAGCAACAGCUUGAUCAGCAGCAACAAAAAGCCUUGCUUCAGCAGCAGCAACAGCAGGCCCCAUUACAACAGUAUCAACUGGAACAGCAGCAAAUACUUCUACAAAAGCAACUGCUGGAUCAACAACAGCAGCAAGUUCUACUUCAACAGCAAGAGCAACAGCAGCAACAAAAGAGUCUUUUACAGCAACCAACGCAACCACUGAUACAACACCAGUUAGAGCAGCAACAACAACAUAUCCCAUUACAGCAGCAGCAGCAGAGCCAGAUAUUGCAACAGACUGGAAUACAAAGUGAACCAGAGAAGCAACAGCUGAGUAGGCAACAGCAACAACAAACUGUCCUGCAACAGCAACCCCAGCUGACUCCACAGCAACAAGAGCAACAAUUGCAACAGCAAGCCUUACUCCAACAACUGGAACAACAACAGCAACAAGCACUGUUACAACAACAUCUGCAGCAGCAGGCUAUCUUACAGCAGCAGCAGUUACAGCAGAAAGCUCAGCUACAGCAACAGCAACAAGAGCAGCAGCAGAUGCAACUCAAGCAGCAGAUGGAGCAGCAGAAGCAGGCUCUUUUGCAGCAACAGUUGGAGCAACAACGUCAACAACAAGUCUUGUUACAACAACAACAAGUCGAGAGACUGCAACAACAGGCUCUGCUACAGCAACAGAUUCAAGAUCAGCAGCAACAAGCAGCCGUCAUACAACUUCAGGAGAUUGUGCCCAUUCAGAAAAUCAACACUGAGAUGCAGAUACAGGAGCAACCGACUGAUAUACAACAGACGUGUAUCCAACAAAUAAAUGCUGCUCAGCUUACACCUUGUACUGCUCUCAUUCAGCAACAGGUUAUUGAGCAACAACAACAACAAGCAGUGCCUAUCCAGCAGCAUCACACCUCUGUAAUGGAGUCUCAUGUCCCGGUUGGAUCUCUAGGAGCUGAGGUGCUCCAGCAAGCUCAAAUUGUCUCACAGGCCCAGGUCCCUUUGGCCAUUCAGACUACCCAGAUCCCUGUCCAGACAUGUGCUGCCAUCCAAUCCCAAGUCUUCACCCAGCCAGGACAAAGUGAGGUUCAUUCACAGGACCAGGGCAAGGUCCCAGUGCAGUUUAUAACCCAGAGCACAGUUCAUACAGCUCAGGCUGUGACGAAAGCCCAAGUAACUCCUCCAUCGACCGUGAUCCAAGCCCAGCACAUACCUUUGCUGACUAGUUAUCAAGGAUCUGCCACUCCCACACAGAGCCAAGUAACGACUCAGUCAUCAAUCCAGGCUCCGUCUCUUCACCCAGUGAUUGGGCAGGUCCAGGUACCGCAUGGUCACGGCCCACCAGUGGACAUUCAGCUGAUAGGCCAACAAAGCCAAGCUACUGUCCAGCCUCCACCAGCAAUAACCUCUAUUGCAAGCCAGACUCAACACGAGACUCUCAUCCAGCAGAACGCUCAAAUACCAGGACCAAUGCAACCCCAACUCCAGCAACAAGCUCAAGCUCAGCCCUCUGUCCAGGUACAUGGAAUUUUAGCUUCGCAGUUCAUCCCUCAGCCCAUCCAACCGGCCACACCAUCUCUACAACAGGAUAAAACUCAUAUUACACAGCUACAGCAGCAGCAAGAGCCGGUGCUGCAAUAUCAGACCAUGAUUUUGUCUCCUGGCCCGACUGGAAGUGUCGGACCCUCAACAGAUGGUGUCAGUUCUGGAGUCAACCCUGCAAGCUUUUUUGGCACUCCCCAUCCUGUGCAGCAACAAGCCUUUAUUCCAGGUCAAACAACACCACAUCCAGUCGUUCAAGCCCAGCAACAGACCCUUGGAGGCACUGUGGAUCCUUCAGUCAUCCAGCCCAUCUCCCAGCCUACUCUCCCUCAGUGUGCUAUGCAGUACCAGCAACCGCUGCAGACCCUCUCCCAAGCACAGCAACCACUUGCUUCACCUCCUCCACAGGCUCAGUCGCUGUCACAGCCCAUUCAAGCUCCAAUUCAACCACCACUGACUCUAAACCAGGCUGCAGUAGUCCUCGAUGAAAGUCAGCUGCCCCCACAGUGUUUACCUGCCUCACAUCUGCUAAAUCAUCCUACUGCACAGAUUGUCCCCGGGAAUGUGGUGGGGCCUCAGUCACAGGACAGGACUCUACCCCUCUAUGGUCAUCUUGCUACCGGUGCCCCUCCAUCCCCGCAACACCAAGUCAAGAAGAUGCUGCCAGCUCACACGCACACACAAACAAGCAUCCAGGCCCAAGCACACUCCCAAACACAGACACAUGUUCAGAUCCAGGCUCAUUCUCACACUCAGACGCACAGUGAGACACCCAUUGCUGAACAGUCUGUUCAACCUCAUGCUGUCUUUUCUGCACAACAAAUGCCCCUCAGCCCUUCUCACAACUCAUGUCCCUCAACAUCCAUACCAUCCCUACCAUCGCACUACCCUGCUGCUACCCCUGCACCAGAGCUGCCUACAUCUCCUUCAGCGGCCAAGGUGACCCUACCUGGGCAGGCCGAAUUUAUACCCACCUCCCCUCCACCUGCCGCUACUCUUCAAACGCUUGAAUCUAAUGUCCCAAAACUUCCCCAAGGCUUGCUGCAAGACUGUGACCUUUCCCUGCUGGGCAUUGCUCAGGUACAAGAAGAAUAAAAGAGUGAUGUAUUAAUUAAGAAAUAAUUUUACUUUGCUGACAUACUGGCGGAAUGAUCGAGAUAACUGCUACCUUACAGUGUCUUAACAUCUUUAACUGUGUCUUUUGAAUCAGUUUAACAAGUUUUAAUCCUUAAACCUAUUUAUAUUUAAUUCAUUUUUUUAAUUAAGAUGACAUCCAUGAUUACUUUAUUUUACAUGCUUAUGAUGUUGCUAAUAUUUUUUUCUUCUGUUUACCUGUGUGCCUCUUCAUGUCUAUGUUCAUGUCACAGGAUGGUCCAUACCUAUCUGCAGAACACCAUUCAGGGUAUGUCUUAUAUCAGUGGUUUCCAAACUUUUUUCCCCAAGGCACACCAAAGGACAAGUAAAAAUCUCAAGGCACACCUUUUGUGCAAAAUAGCCUUUAUAGCAGCAUAGUGUGUAACACUCCUGUCACCUCAUCACCGACAGGUCUGUUCCUGCUAAUGGUGAAGAAACUCUCCAGGUCUUAAUCAAUGGAAAGAUCGAGAAAUUGAAGACUCAAAGAAGAGCUUCCACUCAGAAGCCUGAGAAGGUUGCACAUCAGUUUCAACUGAGCAUGCUCCAGGUGAAAAAAGGGACAAAAGGCCGUUAAUGUCCUUAGAUUCUCAUUUGCCAUUUUGAAAAAAGGAAAACACUGUCAUUUGUAUUUUCUUCUGUAGGUGUCUGGUAGUGGGGACAACAUGGUAGAAUGCCAGUUGGAGACCCAUAGCAACAAGAUGGUGACAUUUAAAUUUGACAUUGAGGGGGAUGCACCAGAGGACAUAGCAGAUUACAUGGUAACUCUCCUUAUGUAACACCCAGCCUGCAUUGAAGCUAACUUAAAGUAAUCAUUCUGAAGUCUGUCCUGAUAAAUGUUUUUUUUUUGUUUCCACUUUGUAUGCAGGUGGAGGAGGACUUCGUUCUGGAUGUAGAAAAAGAGAAAUUUGUUGAAGAACUUCGAGCUAUUGUUAAGAAAGCUCAUGAACUCCUCCAAGCACACUCCCAAGUGAGCUGUUUUCCAUAUUUGCACCAAACAUCUCUUUGUGCUAGGCUUUUUUAGAUUCAGAUGAAUAAUCAAUUCACAAUAACCCUAAUCUUUCUUUUUACGUCUUUGUUAGACUGGAUCAACUGACCAGCUAUAUGUGAGCACUCCAACUAGUUCAACAAGUAAGUUUUCAGAUUUCUCACAACUAAGUGAAACUGUGGAGGAGAUGAUAGUCCCCAGCAUACUGAAGCUUGUUGUUGUCCUUGUUAUUUUCAGUGGAGUCGGUGCCUCAUUCCUCCCCAGUUGGACGCUGGCGCUUCUUUAUCAACCAGACCAUUCGGCAUAGGGACUCUCUAUCUGGCCAGGGAGUAGCUACAACGCCACCCGCCUCAGAGAUGAGGACACCUCAGUCUCCUAAAAUAGAGAAAGGUGAGCAUCACGAAGGUCAAUGUUAAUGCUGAAGCUUAUUAACGUGCCUGAGCUAGGCGCAUAACAGGAACUAACCAUGCAUUCCUCUCUGCGGCUGUAGAAAGUGAAGGAUCCCAGAGUUUGGAGUCCUUGACUGGAAUGGCCUCUCCCCCUUGCCCCACACUACCUGUCCCCUCCCCCCCAGUGUCUGCUGUCUCAGCCCCCGCCUCUUUAGCCCCCUGUGGCACAGCUGCCCCUGCUUCCUCUGAAAGCAUCUCUCUACCUGCCUCCACUCUUCAAGCAUCUAUCCCUAUAACUGCUUCAGGUGGUCUUGAUAUGCCGGUCCUCACCUCAGCUUCUGCUGUCCUACAUCUGAGUGCUUCCUCAUGCGUUGCAUUACCUGCUGUUCUUGAUCUCCCCACCUUGUCCUCUGUACCUGCUGUUGUAUCUCCCACAACAAACACCAUUCUGCAAGAUACUGUCACUUCUCCGGGAACUAGCAACUGUUCCAUUGUUGGUCAGUGUAUGGGGGAUACGGUGAUAACCGCUGCAAGGCCAUGUGUGCCCACAGUGGAUCAGCCUUCAACCUCUAUUCAUUCCCUUCCCCCUGCUGCUCCAGUAACCUCCUCUGUGGCUAGCCAACUUGGCUCAGAGCACCAGCAGACACUCAUUCAGACGGCCAAGCCACUUCAACAACCAUUGCAACAACCACAGCUACAGCCUGCAUUGCAGCAGCAGGUACAAGCAGCUCAUCAGCAACAGCAGACAAUGCAGUUUGAGCAACAGGUACAGAAGAUACCUACAGCGGUACCUCUGCCACAACAGCGAGUGUCUCAAGAACAACUUCAAAUACAACCGGAACAAGCCCUGCAGCAGUCGCUCCAGCAGUUACAGCCCCAGACAAUAAUGCUGACACAAGUACCAGUUCAACAACAGCUGACUGAGGUACCACUCCUGCCUCCACCGGGACCUACAGAGUUCUUACAACAGUCUGUGCCUCUUCAGCAGUUUCUGCCACCAGUGCCCCUACAGCAAGCCCAACAGUUGCUCCCUCAACAGCAAACGCCACAGUAUCAGCAACAGCAUCACCUACAGCAGAUGCCUCAGCAGGUUAUAGCACCCCAAGCUGCUGUAGUACCCCAACAGCAAGCCCAAGUUGAUCCCCAGCAACAGAUAAACCUUCAGCACACAGUGCACCUACAACAGCAGCAAAUGGUGCAACAGCAGCUACAGCAGCAGCAACAGCAGCCACAGCUCUUUAUGGCUAAUGUUGUGGCUUUAAAGUCAGAUCAGAGCCAGAUUCUGCCUAUGUCAAUCAGUCAACAGUUUCUUCAACAACAGGCACAGCUUAAUGUUAGCCCGGUACCACAACAGCAGAUUCCACAACAAACUCAAAUCCCUGCUGAGCUGACAAAGCAACACAUGCAGCAACAAGAGGGGGUUAAAGCCCCUGACACACCGCAGAAACAGCAACAACAGUUUGCACUGCAAAAGCAGUCCUCUUUACAGAUGUCAGAGUCAGAGGUUUCCACAGGAGAGACCAGUUUCACUGAGGACAUGUGCAGCUACUCUGCUGCUUUCCAACCUUCUUCUGACUCUUCUCUGCCGCCUCUCCAACUGAGCUCCGCUGAUGCCCCGUUACCCUCUCUCUCCCACACAAUGACACCCUCCCCUGUUCAGCCUUCCUCUGUGGCUGAGUCAGACAGUGAAGGCCCCCCGAAAAUCGAUUUUGUAGACAACCGGAUAAAAACUCUGGAUGAAAAGCUGAGAAACUUGUUGUACCAGGAGUACAGCAGCGGAGGAGCUGUGGCAGGGGGAGCUGCUUCAGGGCCGACAUCAGCUGCCUCCACAUCAGCUGGAGGAGAGGAGUCAUCUGAGCCACAGUCCAACCACCAUGUGUCUUUCCCCCCUCCUGCCUCCUCCUCAGAUACCUCCCCUCACUCCUCAUCCUCCACUACCUCCUCUACUACCUCUCGUUCCUCUUCCACUUCUCCUGACCCAGAGAAAGAUGGAAGAGGAGAGGAGACAUCCCCUGACAUGUCCAGCUUUGGGGAGCCAGGUCCAGUGGAGCAACAGCCUGGCCCAUCACUCCCUUCAACCUCUGCCUUGUCCACCCCUCCUACCUCUCUUCUGACUCCCAGUCAGGAGAACUCUGCUGGGCCCCGCCGCCCACCUGUACCUGGAGAACCAACCAUUCUUGUGAGUAAAUGCAUCAGACGAGAUUUUGACUUUAUUCUGUAUUGAUCCUGUCUUCACUCUGUUGAGUUUACAAUGUGUUAAUAUUCAAAUAUGACUCAGCUUUUGGCAGUCUGUCUUAUUUUGCUACUUAAAUGUAUGACUGUCUCUUAUCUUUGAGCAUCUGAACUCCAUGCAGCCACUCUUAACUGUCUCAACUAUUCUAGGCUGUACCCCCACACUCUGACACCAGCACCACUGGAGACGCAUCGUGGCCCCCCAAUCAGCACCCGAUCCCCCUCCGGCAUGGACAGCAGAAGCACAAUGCAGGAGGUGGAUAUUUUGGCCUAAACCUGACAUGUCCUAGUAUCAGAAAUCCCGUUAGCAAGAAAUCCUGGACUCGCAAAUUCAAAAACUGGGCAUGCAAACUGCGCCACUCCGCCAGCUUGUUCAAGAAGCCCAGAGUCCAAGAAGGUAGCGUCCUUUUAGUAAGCGGGGAAGCACGCGAGAGAGAGCGAAAGAGAGCGAGAGAGAAUGGGAUGUUGAGGCAUGGACCUAAAUCUAAUAUGUAGUACUAGUUUUAACAUAGAAAAUUAACAUUCUUAACCAUCAGAAUAAUCAUAAUUUUUAUUGAUAGGAGAUGUUGCAGCUAAUAAAUCCUGUUAUCAUUUAAUGCAAUAUGACAUAGGUAUCAUGUAAUGUAAGUCUUGACAUCACUACAUGCAUUAUUGUUUUUCCUUUUUUCUUAUACAUUUCUUUUGACUUCAUUUAAUUUUCUUGGCAAUCUUUCUUUUUGCAUGGGGUACUCACGCAGUGGGCGAGAACAGUGAAGAGUAGAGGAGGGUGGAAGAAUGGCACAGUGUAGGAAGAGGUUGGCAUCAGAAAUCUGAUGCCCAUCCCGGUGCAGAUGAGCCCUGGAGUAAAACCCAGCUGUGCCUGUGCCCAGGACAAAACCCUCACAUAUUUCACCCCUCCUUCCCCUUUAUUUUCUCAAGUCAGCAAGCAUGGCCAGCAGCAACCAUCUCACCUCCUCACCCCCACCUGCUGGCUGAGUAUAGACAGCAAAGCACCAUCCAAUCACAUAUAACAUGGAGAAGAUUGAUGCUAAAUUCUAAUGCAGAAUAGGAAUGUUUCAUAUGACAGAGUAUUAGGGCCACAUUGAAAAAGUCUUAAAAAAAAAGACUUCGAGGUCAAAGUCGUUAACUUACGAGAUCAAAUUCAUUACUUAAGAGUAUAAAGUCGUAAUAAAGUCCUUAUACUCUAACCUGUUGUUUAAGAUGACAGUUGUUGAAAUGAGAGCCAUGGAGCAUUUCGUGAAAAUGUACUUCAAUAUAGGUUUCUCAAACAAGGAAAUACUUAAUCUUUUGGCACAUCAGCACCACAUUAUCAUAAGUAUCACAAUGAUUUUAUAACAACUUUAUUCUUUUAAGUAAUUGGCCUACUUUAUUACAACUUUAUUCUUGUUAGUCAUGAUUUUUUCUUGUAAAUUAAGGACUUCAAUCUCAAAGUCUUAUCAUUUUUUUUCUUAUUGUGGCCCUAAUACUCCGUCAUAGCUUCAUGAGACUUUAUUUUUUUUUUUAUUCUGUCAUAUUUUCUUAGUGGGUAGGCUUUCCAUCCUGCAUGUGUUUGGUUUUUAGGCAUAUGUGCAGCAGAUUCAUGUGCACAAGCAUGUAUGUUGUUUUCUUCAUUGAUGACUUUUAAUGGAUCAUUAUCCGUAAGUAGAAUCUACACCAGGCUGCCUGUGUUGAUGUCGGUUUUUAAGUAAACAGUGAUGAUUUUUGUACACACUCUGCUAAUGUGACAUUCCCAAAUAUCAAACACACUGAACAAUAGCACUGUGGAUUUGAGCCCAGAUCUCAACUGUGUUAUUGAGCUUUGUUGUCUGGUAUAUGAGUGGGAAUAUGGUGAGUCAGUGAGAAUGAGAGUGGAUGUGUGGGUGGGUGGGGGUACACUGUUGUUAACAUUUAACUCCCAUUUCACAAUAUGUUGUUUCUUUUUAAUUUAAUGACCUAAUAUCUUUGUGUUUUCAAUGAGACAAGCCACCCCUUCCCACACGCCCAUUACACAUAUCUCUUAGGCAUGCAUCGCAACAUCCACAAAAUUUCACAUUAUUCUUCAGUUUGAUUAACUGUGAGGAAAAAUGACUACCACAGAACACAGCACAUGUUUCAACAUGCACAUAGAUCUGCACGCAAGCCAAGUAAGUCAUGAUGUUGACAAUGUGUGACAUUGGUGGAUGGAUUUUAACAUUGCCUUUGUGUUCGUGCCCCUUGUCUAUCUGUGUGCAUCUAUGUGUCUCUGUCACGUAUGUUUUUUCUGUGUUGCAUUUGUGUGUCUGUACGAUGUCAUUUAUGUGGUCUUAAACCCAUGUCUGUGUGUUUUUGUCUCUGUGCCUUGUCCCCCCUUUUGGUUUUUCACCCCCUUGUCUAUAGAAGAUGGACCCUCCAGCAGUCAGACACUUAAAGAUGAGACGGAGGCGCAACCUCUUAAUCCACCUCAAACACGCAGAGGACGGUUUCAGGUCAGAGCAAUACUGACUCCAUUUUUAACUCACUGAGUGUUCAGUUGUUGUUUUUUUCAUCAUAGUCCGGCAGCUAAUCUCUUUCUCUUCUUUUGCCAUCAGGUGACUCCAGUACCCCAAGCAUCCCCCCAGAAGGAUGCUCUUCCAGGCCAUGGAAGCACCCACAGGAAGGUUGGACGCUUCUCUGUAACCCAGGCUGAGACAAGAAAAGAGGACAGGCACACUGACAGCUCCCCGGUGUCUCCUGAUGUUGAAAGAGAGAGGAGGAGAUCUCGGGUCAAGGAGGGAGAGAGAGAUGAAAGUAAAAGGACGCCAGCAACGGCUCACCUGCCCCGAGGUCAUGGACACGGCCAUUCACCCCUUGGCAGCAGCGAUGAUGAUGAGAGUGAGCUGGAGGAUGAAGACCUGAGAAAAGAACUACAAAAGCUCAGAGAGAAGUAUGUCUGUACAGGGAAAGAUGUACUCUGUAAUUAUUUCCACUUUAUUAAUCUAUUUCUUUUCCAAAUUUUAAAAGCUGGACAUUGUUGUGAGAGUAUUCUGGUUUCCAUUUGUGGUCCAACUCUCACUGAGCAAUCACGUAUCACCCCGUAGAGAGCAGAAGCAGGGGGAAGCAAUCCACCAUAAUGACAGCUGCGAUUGAAUCUGAUAGUGUUUCAUAUAUCUCUAUAAGCAGACAGUACAGCCAACAAUUCGUUCUAGAUCAAAUUUUAAAAAAAUGAUUUCAUCUUGAGCAACAAGUCUGUGUAACAAAAGCCAGACAGAUUAAACAUUGUCCAUCCCCUGGAAGUCAUUAUCCAUUCAUUCAACAAACAAGUAUUUUAAAAGGCCUCCACAGGAGAGAAAUAACAUUUGGACAACGGCACUGUUAUGUCCUACAUGUCACAUUGUUAUUUUGGCAAACUUAAGAUCUUUCAAUUAUUAAUCAACUUUAAGAAAAAAUGGUUUCUUUUUUCAAGCUCAUACUGCUGAAGUAAGGAAAAGUAAAGCCUCUUUUACUCAGUGGGUCUGAGUCACCAGUAACAGCUGAGCAGGAGCUACUCUUGGGCGUACAAUAAACUAAAAAAGGACUGAGAAUAUUGCUUUGCUUUUGAUCUGAACACAUGUUCACUUUUCAAGUAGCUAAAUAGACUGUAAACAAUGGAGGGUAAGGGAAAUGAAUUCCUUACUGGAAGUCAAUUAUGCUGGUCACACAGGAAGGCCUAAGAGGUUUACAGUUGUUCCGAGAGGCAUAUAUCAUCAGAUAAAAUCAAUAAGUUCACAGAUUGCUGCAGUUAUAACUUUUUUCCUCUAUAUGAUCAUUAUGCAUGGCUUCAUGCCUCUAUAUGAAAUCUUUUCUCAUUUUCUCUUCACAGUAUUACUUCACAGUCUUUAAUUUUCACCACUCUUUUUUGUAUAAUUUUUUCUUUGAUAGGCACAUCAAAGAGGUGGUUUUCCUCCAAGCUCAGCAGAACAGAGAACUGCAGGAACUGUACAGACAGCUUCGUUCCCUCAAAGACCAAAGGCAGAGUCUGCCUGCAUCACUGUCCAGAACCCCUCCUCUUCCCACAGCUCCUCCUGUCCUCUCUCCACGUAGACCCAGACCAGCCAAAACCAAGCUCCGGCCCCGGCCUCACUCUCACAUAGAUAACAAUGGAGUUUCACACUCUGGUAAGCUUUCUUUCCAUACUCUUAUUUUCUUUUCUUUUUUUUUAUUCUAUUGCUUUCUCUCUGUGUAACUGUUUUUGAAACUCUCUAGGGGUUCAACAGUCAAGUAGCUUCUCAGGUGGUGAGCAGAGUAGACUGCCCUUAUAUUGCAACCCAGAGCACCACACUUCACUGCCUGCUAAAAGAGGUACAGCUAAUCAUAAAUAUGUCAAGACAUCUCAUACUUUAGCCCGUAUACAGCAGUGUCAUGUGUCCCAUAAUUCUCCACAGACAGCAGCCCUUUAAGAAAAAGCACAUUCACUGAUGAACUGCACAAACUUGUUGAUAAUUGGACAAAGGAGCCUGUGGGCCCCACCCCACCCAAGCCUUCACUCAAUCAAAUCAAGCAAAUUCAGCAAGUGCAGGAGCUGGGAGGUUGGAGCCAGUCAGCUGAGGUGGGACCACACAUUGAAAUAUGCAUCUAUUAUUUUUUAAUGCCAAAAAGCUGUAACCUUUAACCAGAAUCAGUCAGCAGAAUUGUUGAUGUUUUACUGCAAAUGCCGUGGAUUGGGCUGAGUUCUGAAGCAAAUAAGCAGCUGUGUUUUCUGACUGGAUUUUUGAAGUACCAAUUUUACCACUCUUUUCUGCCGUGAUACUUCCUCAGUGCUUAUUUCUAUUUUUCACACAGGUGGCUUCACAAGGUUGGUUCCCUGUGGCACCUCUGAACCCCCAGGUAUCUCCGAACCCCACUAGCUUACCUGUGGUAGCCCCUUCUCAUUACACAGGUGGAGGGAACCUGUCAAACCUGCACUCUACGGGACCACCACCACAAGCGCACAUGGCUCAAGUGCCACAGAUGCAGCAGAGUUUACACCUCCAUCAGUCCCUCCCUCUUCAGCAGAUGACCUAUCAGCAGUCCCCUCACCGCCAGCAAAUACCACAGCCUCAGAGUCCCCUGCAUUCACAGCCCCCACCACAGACACAUCCUGCUACCCAGCUGCCCCACUCGUCACCUCCAAAUCAACCACUGCUGCCUUCCCAAAUCCCCUCAUCUCCAGUGUCCACAGCUUCGUCCCUGCUGCCCGGCAGUGGCACAACUGCAACCACCGAUAGCACUGCUGCUACUACUGCUGCUGCUGCUGCUGCUGCUGCUGGGGGGACAUUAAGUUCCUCUUCUUCAUCCUCAUCCACCUCUUCUUCCUCAUGCUCUACUGCUGCUCUACCUUCCAGUGCCAAAAUACACCCAGCAACUCCCACCUCUACUCUUCCUCUGGGACAGAAAUAAAACCAAGUCGAAGUGUGAGGUCAAAUGAAGGUGCAAGAGAUGGAAAUGCAAAGUGGAUCGGGACGUAAAGCAGAUCCAUAUGGAGUGUUAGUUGUGUAUGAAUGACAGAUUUGUGAUGUUAUUGAAUAUAUGAUCUCCAGAACUUCUGGGUGAGAUGGGGAGUGAAUGUGAGAGAAGAUUGAACCCAGUAUGUACAGAAAAGAGGGUAACAUGGAACACAGCAGCUGGGCUUGAUGAAACAUGGCAUGUUUGGGUGUUGAGAUGUAAAAAUUCUUAAAUGUAUGAGUGUGUGCAUUUAUGAGUGUGGAUGACUGUUUAUGGAUGACCUGAGUACAUAUCCCUUUAUGUCCUUUUACACAAUUUAACAUUGUUAGUAUUGUUUUAAAACUAAAUCAGUUGGACCUGAUUGAAGCAGAGACAACAAAGAGAAACUAUUUGACAUUUUGCUGCGAUCUUUUGUGAGUGCUUAAAGUAAAAGGACUUUCAAUUCUAAAAAAGUGCAAUUAGUAGUGGUCAUCUCAAUUGAUCAGCAUGUAUUGUAUGGAUUUGUCUGUGAGGCAUAGAAUAUUUUUGUAGGAGCACACUGAUGAAAACCAGACGCAUAAUGGAUCAUCCAAUGAUCUGUGUUGGAUCUUUUAAAACUGCAGGCCUACAGCACAAAGUGUUUCAGUAGACAAUGAAAAAAAAAAACAGAUAACAGCAUGUCACACUGCAGAGCACGGUUAAGUUAUCUGGCUACAGUCAUUACCACAAUGCAACCAAACACUGUUCAGAAGCAUGAGCUUCAUUUGUGUUCUCUGUAUUGAACAUUAUAACAUAGGAAUUGUCUGAAUUAACAGAAGUGAUAUGAUAUAAAUUCAGAUGAAUUCUCAACAUGAUGGUGAAUUGAAACAUGCCAUCAUUGUUGCGUGGGUACACUCAGCCCAUGAUUGCAUGACCUUAUGACUAAAUUGACUUGCCUGGUAUAUUUGUGGAUCUGGCAUUUGUAGCCUACUAAGAUGAUUCAUCAGUCAUGAGUAAAUAUGCUUUCAGUAUGAUAGGCUUUCACAUUCAACAGUUGCUUUCAGUUUCAGCUCUGCAUAUCAAAGAAAAAUCAUGAUGUCAUGCUGCAGUGGAAGAUGAAAAGGAAAAAAAACUGCCAAUUAGUAUUAUAAUCUGGGGAGACCAUACGGGUUAUUCCCAUGUUGCCUUUAAAAACUGCAUUUUUGUGAGUGUGUGAGUUGACAUUUUUUGUGUGACAAAGCUGUGAUAGUCCAGUUGUAUUUUGCAUCAUAAAUUGCACCCCUGUGUUUAUUUUUUUUUUAUUCAAAGCAGCCUCUCAGAUGUCACUAAACCCAACUGAAAAUGUUUAUUCAGCCUGUGUGUGUUGGGCUUGCCUCCUGAAGAAACUCAACAGGUGAGAGGACAGACCAUGCAGAAGCUAAAGAACAAACUCUGCUUUGUUGUCCUCGCAUAAUUGCCCACUUUGUAAGGCAUUUGAAAAAAUGUUAUUUCAAUCAAGUUUUUAAUCUUUGAAUUUGUCAGUGAGUGUGCAUCUGUCAGAAGCUGAAAUGUGGGCCAUUUAUGUGCUUCGUGCACUCUGCAAAAGGGUUUAAUUAAGUCAAAAAUAUUUCAUUCCUUUUGUCGAAACUCACUUUAUUUGAAUGCACAGAGUGAUAUAUCAGCAGCUGAUAUAUUACGGUACAUUUGAUUUGAGUUCUCAAUACACACAUUUGAUUAUGGAUGGUCAGGCGUGAAUACAUUUUUUUGGCAUAUUAAGUAGCAUGUAGUCAAAGCAGUAUUUCUGUUUUAUUGAUAGAGAGAUUGUGUGCCACUGAAAACAGAAGAUUGCACCAGUUCAGACUGCUAAAUGUGAGUCAAAAACAUUACUAAGGAAAAAGUGGUUUGUACUGAAGGGUAUGGUUGUUCAGAAACUGCUAUUACUUAAUAUAGGAUAUAACAAUGAUUUUCUGUAUUUGUUGCUUUUCAACAAAAUCCACAUUGUCACAGAGUUGUAGUUCAUUCUUAGUGAAGGUGAGGUACUGUGCUGUCAUGUCUGAUACUAACAUGUUGACCGCAAGCUAAAGCUUAAUGAUCAUGAUUCAUGAUGUGAAGCUGGCUUUGUCUUUGAAGUGUUACCAAAAUGUUAUCUAAAAGAUAAAGAUUAUUUUUGUAUUUUGAAAUGGGAUUGUACAAAUUGUAAAAUUUUGUUCUCAUCAUAACAAAUCAGAGGUUGUUUGAAACUAGAAAACACUGGUUUUCAUUCCUGUUUACAUGGGACUCCCUUGCUUCUCUGAAUCCUGAUAGACCAGGGCCAUUAAAGAUAUUUAUAUGUUUUAAAGUUAUUUCUGAUGUUUUUACAACAGCUCUAAAUUAUAGCAACUUUGUAGAUAAACAGUUAAAUUAACAAAAACCUAACUACAGAUGUAGGUAAGAUUUAGUCAAUUCAAGAAUUUUUGCAAAAACAAAACAAAACUGGGGAGUCCGGAAGUAACAUAAAUGACAACCAGUGUGCAAAGGACAUUUUUGGCAGAGAAACUUCAAAAAAUAAAUGAACUAUGUUGCUGGUGAUUUAGCCUCUGUAAAUUGUAACUAAUUCAACUGUUGAUUUUAUUUAUGUUUUGUAACUAAUCAAAAUAAAUGAUGUAAAACAUCAAA